AUGGCGGAACUUCCUACUACACCCACGAGGACAAGAAAUUACUACAGUUCAAUUCCAUCACCAAAGGCAGGAUCUUACUCUCCGGUACAAUACAAACGGCGAGACGCAAAUGCCAAAUCAUCUUCAUCUUCAGGGGCCAUUCCCUACGAUCGAGAUGAGGAGAAUUUAGGUUCAAACGAUUGUACAGCUGCAAAGUCUUUUGGUAGCAGCUGCUCUACACAUCUGACUUCUUUUUACAAAGAAAAUAUUCGGGAGCUUAAUCAACUGCAGGAUAUUCUUUUUCAGAAGAAAGCAAUGUUGGAUUCUUUAAAUGACGAGUUAAGUGAGUGUAGAUUGAAAUAUAAUAACGCAGAGUCUAAAUGGGAAACCUUACGUGAAGAGAAAGCCUCAAAAAUUCGGCAAUUACAAUUAAAAUCAAAUGAGUUGAUAAAACUCAAACAGGAACAAAGUAUUCAGAGGGCGUUUGUGACACAAGGACACGAGCUCAAUUUGCAGCAGCUUAAGGCUAAAAAUGAAGCAGAAGUUAACAAAAGAGCUAACGAAUAUCGCGAGACAGUAGAAAUGCUAAGGUAUUCCAAGAUCAGAAAAUUCCAACAAGACAGGGACGCAUUAUUGGAUAGAGUUGAAGGCAUACGAAAUGCGAUCUUAACAAAUAAUAAUACUCUGCAGGAUAUGUUGAAGCAAAAGGAUAUGAAGCACUGUAUCUCAAAAGAAAAAUGGCUCGAGCAAUAUCAGGAGAAAUGGAAAGAGAACGUCAAAAUAAAUGAAGCCUAUAGCAGCAAAAAUGAUACUCUCAAUGUUGAAAUAAUUGAAUCACUUAAGCCAGAAGUUGGAAAGAAAAGAAGAAAGCUAGAGGAACUAACAAUUGAGCAAGAUAAUUUAAGCAAGAGUUUAGAAAUAAAUAAAAUGGCGAAUGUUCGUUUGAAUGACGAAGUGGUUUCAAAGAUAGACGAUAUUGACAAACUACAACAAGAAAAAGAGCAACUGCAAGAAUACAUCAAAAAUACUGAAGUAGAGCUACAGCAGAUACAUGAAAUACUAAUGAAAGAAGAAUCAAUGAGAAGAAGCUUACAUAAUGAAUUACAAGAGCUUCGUGGAAAUAUCAGAGUUUUUUGCCGAGUACGACCUGCAUUGAGUCAUGAGAAUUCCAGAUCAGAAAACAUAUGUGUCCGUCGAUUUGAUGAUAGCGCUGGUACGCAAACAAUCGAUAUACAAAAAGAAAAAAGAGGCUCAGCUCCAUAUACUUUUAAGUUUGAUCGUAUUUUUGAUCAAAGCGAAACUAAUAACGAUGUUUUUGAGGAGAUAUGUCAGUUGAUUCAAAGCUCUUUAGAUGGAUACAAUGUUUGCAUAUUUGCAUACGGUCAAACAGGCUCAGGAAAGACCUAUACGAUGCUGAAUCCAAGGGAUGGUAUAAUUCCAUCAACUAUAGCCCAUAUUUUCAAUUGGAUCGAUGCGCUGAAGGAGCGAGGUUGGCAGUACGAAAUCAGCUGCCAAUUCGUAGAAAUAUACAACGACGUAAUUGCUGAUCUCUUGAGGAACGAGAAUAGCGUUGAAAAUGGCCAAGAAGAUGGCCACAGAAACGUAAGACAUGAAAUUAGACACGAUCAGGAAAACAAGACUACUAUAAUAACGAACGUCACGAGUUGUCAACUACAGAAACCGGAAUCUGUGGAGGGGCUACUGAGGAAAGCAAACAAGUUGAGAUCGACCGCGUCAACGGCAGCUAAUGACCGAUCCUCUCGCUCACACAGCAUCUUCAUUAUUCAUUUAAAUGGUGUGAAUAAGAUAAGCGGAGAGGAAUCGAGUGGCGUUUUAAAUCUGGUUGAUCUUGCUGGGUCCGAAAGAAUAAAUACAUCUCAAGUUGUCGGCGAACGUUUGAGGGAAACACAAAAUAUAAACAAGUCAUUAAGUUGUUUGGGAGAUGUUAUCCAUGCUCUUGGUAGCCCCGAUGCUUCCAAGAGACACAUACCUUUUCGAAAUUCCAAACUGACGUACUUGCUAAAAUUUUCGCUCAUGGGGAACUCCAAAACGUUGAUGUUUGUAAACAUAUCUGCCUGCUCCGAAAACAUCAAUGAAAAUAUCAAUUCGCUACGGUUUGCAUCAAAAGUCAAUUCCACAAGAUUAGUUACAAGAAAAAUUGAUGACCAGUAA